AUGGUCACUUCAGUGUGGUUGAAUUACAUUGGCUACUUUUGGCAUGGACUUUGGUCUAUACUAACAGUGCGUGUGCGUGUGAUUCAGCUAUUGGUCUAUGUGCGCAUACUACGUCACUAUUUGGAGUGCCUCUGCGUGAAGCUGCGCCAGAAUGAGAAAAUCAUUGUCAUUUGUUAUAUGUUUGAUAUUAUCUGCAAGAUCUAUUGGACGCUGAUGGGUAUGGAUGGGUUCCCCAACCGGCGAUACUUUUAUAUUGCGGGACCUGUAUCGUUGCUGCCUCUUAUCACUAUCAUCUGGCAUUUAUGCUACUUGUGCGAUAAGUGCAAAGAGUUGGCACGUAACCUCGGUUGUUUACUGUGCAGAUUGAAAAAAAACGAGUAUUACAUCAGUUUUCCAUGCAAAAAUGUCUUUCCUUUGGAGUUGCGUUUUUUGGUGACGGGUAUUACCGCGACAGCAACAAAUUUGGUAGUGCUUAUGCAAUUUGUAAUGCUCUGGUUAGAAUGGGCGGGGGGUAAUGUAUAG